AAUGCUAAUGCCAGUCCAAUUUGGUCCGCUAACAAGAGUCUAGUGUUUAAAUGAUUAUCGGUGGUACGCGCAAAAAAAUCAUUUCGUUAUAAGAAAUAAAAAAAAAACUUCUUUCGACUCGCAGACACGUACGAAAAACGCAACGCACAAUGGGCUGUUGCAACGUCAGGGUGCUGAGUUUGAUUGUGGCUUGGUUCACUACAAUAGUAUCGGCUAUAUUUUUUUUCGGUCUUCUGGGCUUUGCCUGUAUAAUUGAUCAUGAAUUUGCUGAAGAGGAACAUUUGAAUGAAAGUGAGUUAACCAUCCUAUUUGUGGCCUGUAUUCUUGGAUGUCUCGUUGCUGCGUUAACUUUUGCCUUUUGUGUAAUGCUGCUUGUGGGUAUCUACCAGGAUCGCUACAGGUUAAUGAUGCCCUACGUUUAUCUGUUUUAUAUCAUGUUUGUGCUCGGUAGUUUCGUUAUACUUGCUGUAUUCGUUUAUGAUUUGGUCGAUCAUCAGCCAGCAGGAGAUGUCUUCUUGGGCCUUAUACGCAAUAUCAUCUAUCUUGCUUUCGAUAUAAUCCUAUUCUCGCCCAUUUAUCUGCUGUAUCAAAAAAUGCGCAAGGGACCAGUAUUGCCCGAACAUCAUUCCUUAAGUAAUAAUGAACCCGUUAAUAAGUCCUUGUAUGGAGGACAGAUAUAAGAUGCAGCAAAUAAUUCCACCGAGAGAAGAUAUUUAAUAACCUUAAGAUUAUAUGAAAUAAAAAUUAAAAUAAAAAAUAAAAUAAAAUU